CAAAAUGUACCCUUAAUCUUAUAAUAAUCAUGAUGAUAUGAUGAGGUAGCAAUUCAUCAAUGAAAAUAAUCAAUUAAUUGAAUAGUUUAAAGCUUAGUUGAUAGAUCCAAAAACUGGAAAGAAAAGAGCUGAAGUCAAAGUUUAAAAUUUUGCUGAUGGCGGAAGAUAUGAGGGAGAACUUGAAAAUGAUGUAAGAAAAGGAUACGGAAUUUACUAUUUUGCAAGUGGGUAUAAUGUUAUAAAGACCUAAUUAAAGGGAUGUGUAUUUUGGACCAUGGAAUGAUUAAUUUUAAGGCCAAGGAACAUACAUUUAUAGAAGUGGAGAGAGAUAUUAAGGAUUAUUCAAUAAAGGUAAAAAAGAUGGGCAAGGGAUAUAUUGGUAUAUAAAUGGAGCAGAAUAUGAUGGUCGAUGGGUGAAUGAUUAGAAGGAUGGAUUUGGUAAAUUUAGAUAUCCAAAUGGGGAUAUUUAUGAAGGAAUUUGGGUAAGAGGAGUGAAAUCAGGGCAAGGAACUUUAGUUUUGGCUAAUGGAGAUCAUUAUCAAGGAGAGUGGAACAAUAACAUGAAAAAUGGAUAAGGAACUUAUAUUUUUGCAUCUGGAUCAAGAUACGAAGGAUUUUGGCUCAAUGAUUAAUAUCAUUAAUAAGGAGUUUUUAGUUAUUCAAAUGGAGAUAAGUAUGAGGGUAUUUAUGAUAAUGGACAGAAAACAAAUAAAGGAGUAUAUAAGCAUGGAUAAGAUGGAUCAGAAUAUUAAGGGGAGUGGUUUAGAGAUUAAAGAAGUGGGAAUGGAAGAAUGAAAUAUGGCAAUGGAGAUAUAUACUAAGGAUUUUGGUAGGAAGGAGAGAGAAAUGGAAAAGGUUGUUAUAAAUACAAUAAUGGCGAUUAAUAUGAAGGAGAAUUUGUGAAUGAUUAAAAACAUGGGUAUGGAAUAUUGAAGAUGGUUUCUGGAGACAUUUAUGAGGGAGAGUGGAAAUAAGGAAGAAAAAAUGGAAAAGGUUUGUAUAAAUUUGCAAAUCGUGAUAUAUAUGAUGGUCAUUUUGCAGAUGGAUUAAGAUAAGGAUAUGGAAGAUAUCAAUGGAAUGAUCAUUCAUAUUAUGAAGGUAAUUUGAAUUAUAAUAAAAUUAGGUAAUUGGGAUAAGGAUAGAAUGAAUGGAAAAGGAUUGUAUGUUUCUCCUGAUGGAGUAUAAGCAGAAGGAAUAUUCGAUAAUGAUAAUUAUGUAGGACCAGCUGACUAAUAAUAUUGAUUUAUGUUU